AUGCCAGAUACAAGAAUUCCAAAGCGGAGAGUAUUGGUGGUGGGAUCUGGUGGAGUCGGCACAAUGGUCUGUGUCGCGCUCGAGAGAUCUGGAAUGGCAUCAGUAACAGCUGUCUUGCGAUCCAACUAUGAGAAAGUCCUACAGCAUGGAUUUGAGAUUGAUUCAAUUGACCAUGGCAAACUCUCCGGCUGGAGACCAAGUUCGGUUGUGAACGCGGUCCCGCAUGCGGAUCAAGAAAGUCCAUUUGACUACGUGAUCGUCACAGUGAAGAAUAUCCCAGAAGUGAACAACGUGCCAAAGAUAAUAGCUCCAGCGGUCACACCAGACCACACGACCAUCGUGCUGUUUCAAAAUGGACUUUAUAUUGAACCACCGAUUAUCGAAGCAUUCCCGUCAAAUGUUGUGCUAUCCGCCCCCAGCUAUAUUGGCGCACAUGAGCUCAAUGGAAGCGUUAUACAUGAUGACCAUGAUAACUUCCACAUAGGCGCCUUCCACAACCAAGCCUUGGAUAAAGCAAUAGAGCGAGCCAAGCUCGAAGAAUUUGCGGCCAUCUAUAACGGCAGCAAAGUUGUCGAUGCGGAUAUUGUGGAUGAUAUCGUUUUCUACCGCUGGCGCAAAGUGUUGUGGAAUGGAAUCUUCAACCCAAUGUGUGCCAUUACGCAGCUUGACAAUGCAGCGAUUCGACGGUUCGGCGGUGAACACAGUCUAAUCAGACCCGGCAUGGAGGAGAUGGCAGCGAUAGCUAAGGCUGAUGGCUAUGAUCUCGGAGCAGGAAUUGUGGAUGACGUGGUUGAUGGCACUCCUCUCGAACUGUCUUUCCGCCCUAGCAUGUUAGUGGACGUUGAUAAGGGUAACCCUAUGGAAGUGGAGGUUAUUCUGGGGAACGCUUUGCGGGUUGCCAGAGAGAAGGGCGUCCAGACGCCCAUUUUGGAUAACACCUAUCGGUUCUUGAAGCUCACGCAGGCGCGAUUAUUGGCUGCAAGGGGAUUGAUUGUUGAGCCGAAGGAACUUCCGACGACAGAUUUCAUAUAG